AUGGAUGGCGCCACCGCAGUUGUGCACCCCGGCUGGCUCUUUGGCGGCAAGGUCACCUCUGAAUUCAACCAGAUCAAUGGUUUGGAGCUCAUCUGCCGCGCGCAUCAACUGGUCCAGGAGGGACUCAAGUACAUGUUCAAUGACAAGUCGCUGGUCACCGUGUGGUCCGCGCCCAACUACUGCUACCGCUGCGGGAAUGUGGCCAGCAUCCUCUCCUUUGAUGAAAAUCUGGAGAGGGUGGUCAAGUAUUUCACGGAAACGGAGGAGAACAGCUCCAUGAUGGCCCCCCGGGCCGCGGUGCCCUACUUUCUGUAA